AUGAAUCAACGAACAACUGCUGCAGCUCGAACAUCAGCCGGAUGUACAACACCGUUUGAAAUGGUAACUGGAGUAAGACAAGGAGUAAGACAAGGGGCGGUGGCAGGACCCUUCCUGUUCAAUUUUGCCAUCGACGACAUUAUGCAAAGAACAGUCGACCAGUGUCCUGCCGACAUUUUCUUAGCACCAUCAUGGUGCCCCUUGACUGACCUCGAGUAUGCUGACGAUGUUGUUAUAUUCGCGGAAAGCAGAUUGCGGAUUGUAUCGAAGCUGGUUGCAGCCUAUGAACUACGUCUACGCCCUGAUAAAUGCAAGCAGAUGUGGAUCUCUUUGAGACCUCGAACGGUAAUCAGGGUGGACGGACAACCGAUAGAACACGUCGAUGAGUUCUGUUAA